UUUUCUACGCUUGUGUAAAUAUGCAUCACUUUUCUGUAGUAUUCCAUUUCUGAACUGUUCCUAUAUCUGAUGACUUUUUAUUAGAUUGUUUUUCAGAUGUUUUAGGACUUUUUGCUAUUAAUUUAGCUUUUGCACAGCAACAAAGUUGUGUAUGAAUGUAAAUUUAUGUCUUGUUUUUCAAAUUAGUAUUAGUUUAGCAUGUCCAGGCACUGCAGCUUUAAUUGUAUUUGACAGUAGCACCUCUUGAUACUUUAAAAAUCAUAUUCUUGCAAUUUUCUAAAGCACUUCUUUUGCAUUUUCAAAUACAUUAUGCUGAAUGUUUCCUGUCCGUGACAUAGGAGAACCUGUGGAGGCCAUUUACAAGUAAAAUGAAGGGGGAAAGUAUAUGAAAAACCAGUUCCCUGACCUCACUUAUGUGCUUUCAUUUCAUGUUAUUCUUGGUCAUUGGCAACCAUACUGCUCUAUUAUUUUCCAUUACUUCUUCCUUCCCACUCUUUAUGCUCUGAUACUCUUUGACAGAAUAAAAGGUUUGGAAAUUUGCAUUGUGUUCCUCUGUUCUGGAGUGAGGGAGCGGACUGGCCCUGUGGGUGAAGAAGGGAUUUUUCUUUUUCAAUCUAGCUCGAGUUUCACCGUGAUCUCUGAUUGUAGUGGAGAUAUUAGAUAAUGGAAGACUUAAGACUAAAAGCAACCAUGUAGCUCUUUGCUGUCUCUAUUUAAUAUGAUGUGAUUUAAAUCCUCUCCAUCCGACUUGUAGAAAGUUCAGAAACCUCUGUCUAGGCUUCUAAACAUUGUCUUUCUCACAAAAUAUACAACUGACUCAGAAAGGCUUGAAGCCUUAAAAAAAUUUACAGUAAAUACUUCAUUUUAGAUGUUGUGAGCUAUGCAAAAAUGGGACAGAUAACUGUUUUUACUCUCAGACGUUUUUUGUGAUGCUACAACCUCAAAACUAAAUCCAGUGUGGAUUUAUCAACUUUUAGCACUGCUAUUCACUUAAUCUGUUUUGUCAUUCAAAGUGGGGUUAAAUUGUUCAGGUUAAAUUGAAACUGGAAAACCUUCACAAAUAAUUAAAUGUAAUUUUACCAAAGUAUAAUAAUGAUUAUAAAACAGAUAGUUCUGUUCCUUGAUGGUGAUUGGUGAUAUCUGUGUUUUAUUUACAAUAAAGCAUGGCAAUGACUGCUUCAGGGCCUAAAACUAACUUUUGGCCACAUUUACCAAUGGCUGGUGACUUAAGAAAAUUUACCAGCUAUAAAUAUUUUUUUUACCGGCCAUGAAACUGUUAUGAGACAAAAGUUUAGAUACCAGUGAAAAUUCACAAUUCUCUAUUCCCAUUUCAAUAUCACAGCUAAAAUUACUAGCUUUACUAAUAUAAAUUUAAAACUUUAUUAAAGACAAGUAACAGCAGGUUCCAGGUAGAGACACUGAAUAAAUUUAUCAAAUAAAUAACACUGGAUAGUCCUCACUGUAUAAAUUAAACUAAUCCUUAUUAAAGUUACAAAAGUUAUUCAGUCAAGAGCAAUGAAUGUUUUUUCUUUGUGCUUUGUUGUUUGAUUAACAUUAAAAACACAGAAAGCAGCAGAAAUAUUAGGCUGCCACUUUAAGACCUAAUCCACAGAUCCAAUGCACUGAUACUGAUACACAAACAGUUGAUGGGCCCCAAUGACUUCUAUAGUAUUUUUUUUUUUUUUUUUCCCUAUACUAUGGACGUCAGUAAGGCCCAUCAACUGUUUGGUUACUUACAUUCUUCAUAAUAUCUUCUUUUGUGUUCUGAAUCGCUGAUGGAAAUCACUGUGUCCCAAUUCAGAGGCUGCAUCCUUCGAAGAACUCGAACUUAAAAGGCCACGCCUUCGAAGGCUGCAAAGCUCAGUGGAAUGAUGAUGGCACAUUCAGCUGUAAGUGUCCAGCCAGCCAUGGUUGUUACCACUGAUAACUUGAGGCUAAACCAGUGGAGCAGCGGAGUGUGUGACUGCUGCGAAGACAUGGGCAUUUGUUGCUGUGGUUUCUGGUGUACAUACUGCCUCAUGUGUAAGACCAGUGAGGAUUUUGGAGAGUGUCUCUGUCUCCCCUUGCUGGAGAUAUGCUUUGGAGGCAUGUUGCACCCUAUUACACUGGCCAUGAGGAGCAGUAUGAGAGAGAGGUACCACAUUAAGGGUUCGAUACAAGAUGACUGCUGUGUGGUGACCUGUUGCCCUGUAUGCGUCUGGUGUCAGAUGGCGAGAGAGCUGAAGGCUCGACGGCACUCCCUAGUGGUCAUUAACCCAACCAUCAACCCAGUUCACCAGCAGCCACAAGCUUUUAACCAGCCAACUCAAGCCGUGAAUAUGGGCUACCAGCCUCCGGACGCCAUCAAUCCUGCAUACUAAUGACCUCAGUGCAUAUGUGCACAUCUGCGCUCCUUUAACCUCAAGCUCCUCAAAGAGCAAAACCUGCUGUUUUGUUGAAGUAAUGUAGUGGUCAGGAAAUCUGUUGAGUUCAAUCUUUAUACUUAACCUACCUGUUUAAACUCUGGCAAUAUUUUUUUCUGAACAAAACAAUAUUUAAUGAUAACAGUUUCUAUGGCCUGGUUUCACAGACAGGGCUUAGAGUAAGUCAGGAUUAGGUCUUAGUUUAAUUAGGGUAUUUAAGUUUAUAAACUUUUAUAAACGUACCCUAGGACAGGAAAAAAAAAAAAAAAAAAAAAACUUCACUGGUGUGCAUCUUGAGACAAAACAAUGGCUCUGCCUCUGACAUAUUUUAAGAUAUGUCAGUGCAAGUUAAAAAAGCUCAAACAUGCAUUUUAGUCUAGGACUAGCUUAAGCCUUGUCUGUGAAACAGGGGAUAUAUAUUUUUUUAGCAAUUUCCUCUAUAGACAAAUUGCCAUAUAUAUACAAACACACAAAAACAAACACAUGUGUCUGUGUGUGUGUGUUAGAUGCUUUUGACAGCACUAAUAUAUAUAAAGCAAAGAUUGGGUGUACACCUAUUUAAGUAAAUAAAUAUAUUUCCUCACAAAAAUGUA